AUGUGGCCGGCCGGGCGCCAGCUCAGGGCCCUGGUCUGGAAGAACUGGCUGGUCCGAUGCCGGCACCGGGUCCUUUGCCUCGCGGAGUUCCUCUGGCCAUGCACGCUGUUCAUCAUCCUGACAGCACUUCGUUUUCAAGAACCUCCCCGGCACCGAGACAACUGUUACUUGCAGCCCCGGGACCUGCCCAGCCGGGGUGUCCUCCCUUUUGUCCGGGGCCUCCUCUGCAACACCGGGGCGCGGUGCCGGAACACGAGCGACCCGGGGCCCACGCAGCACCAUCUCCGUCCGUCUAGGUUCGGAGCCACAGAUGCCCAUCACGAGAUCCAUGACCUGGCCUUCUUACAAGAGAUGCAGGACCUGGCCGAUGACGUGCGCGAGCUGAUGGACAAGGCAACAGACUUAAAACAACUGUGGGUGGAACGCUCCCGGGCUCCAGGUUCUCCUUAUGGCCCCAGCUUCUUAACAGUAGAUCUCAACAAGACCGAGGAGGUGAUAGCGGCAUUGGAAAGCCUUCACCAGCAGCCCCAGGUCUGGGACUUCCUGCUUUUCCUGCCCAGACUGUACGCACAUCCUGUCCCCAUCGACGAUGGCCUCCGCGGUGCCACCCGCCUUCUCCAGGCUGUCUUGAAUUCCUUAGCUUCUCUGGAAGAUCUAGAUUGGCUGCCACUCAACCCUGCUACCUCCAGGGUUUCCAAAAUGCUGCUGAAGGUGACCAUUUCCGCGCUGACGUUCCUGCAGGACCAUGGAGUGGCAGCCGCUGAGCCGGUGCGCGGCCUGUCCCUGCGUGGCCUGCUGCGGGCCCCCCAGGAGGUGCAGGCGGACCUGCAGGCCUGGUUUGGAUUUGACGACCUCCACGCGGAGCAAAUCCUGAAUUACUCGGCUGAACUGGACGAGGUGCUCCAUCGGUGGCGGGAGGGCGGCCGAGGCCUGGCGGCGCUUAGGAGCCUGCUGGAGCGAGACCGCUCCCUGCAAGAGGUGGCGGACGCUUUGCAGGCUGGGCUGCUCCUGCUGACGGGCAGCGCGACAACGGAAGGCCCCGGCGGCCACGCUCCGCCAAACGCGGUCUUAAAUGCCACAAAGGAACAUCUCAUGAAGGAAAAGAAGUUGGAUGCCCUUGAGGAUGAGCAAAUGAACUUUCUUUUGUCCUUCGUGGGAUUUUUGGAGAAAUUGUUGUUGCCUAACCCUUUUGACUCAUCCAGCGGUCCCACUGAGACACUUCUAAAUGCAAGUCAUUCCUGGAUAAAUCACUUAAAGAAUUUAGGAAGAGAGCCAUCUGGUUUUGAUGCUCAGAAACUUUUGGAAUUUGGCAAAGAGGCGAUUGAAAAAAUGCACACUCUUAAAAAGGAGGAAUCAAGCUAUAUUUUGAGAUUUAUGGAAACAGUACUUUCUGGAAUUAACCCCAAGCUCCUGGAAUUGUGGACGUACGGCAUUUCCAAAGGAAAGAGAACUAAAUUCGAAAACUUGUCUACACUUUCAAAUUUUUCUGUUCUAGAAAAUGAGAGGAUUCUUAGUAAAAGCUUUAAUUUUUCCAAGUUGUUUCACUCGGAUUGGCCUGAGUCACCAGCUGUGGGAAUAGAUUUUGUUCAUCUAAGUGAAUCUAUAAUCCACAGUCUCUAUGAACUUGGGUUCCUGAGCCAGGAGCAAGUCUCGGAGGCUCUGGACACUGUCUAUGCUGUGAGGAAUGCAUCUGCUCUUUUCUCGGCCCUUUCUGAACCGCAAAGACAAGAAGUUGAUAACAUUUUGACUCAUAUCUAUCUAAAUGUCUUUAAGGACCCAGAUUCAGCUUUUCUUCUGCAGGUUUAUUCUUCAUUUCACCAAUACACUGACAAAUUAUUGGGCAUCCAGAGGAGAGAGUCUUUGCUCUCUUUCCUGACUCAAACUUCGAAGCACAUUUUUGAGAUUUUGAAGCAAUUUAAUUUUCAGAAUAUCAGCAAAGCAUUUGCAUUUUUAUAUGAGACAACAGAACUUCUUGGGGGAAUUUCUGAAGUAUCUUAUUGUCAGCAAUUGCUUUCAGUUUUCAACUUUUUGGAGCUUCAAGCCCAGUCCCUGUUGUCCGCAGAGCACCCAGAGUUGGAAGUGAUCCACGCUACUUUGACCGGCCUCAAACAGCUGCUCAUGGGGGAUGAAGAUUUUCGUAUUUCUUUAUUUCAGUAUGUGAACCAGCUCUUCAACAGUUCAGUAGGAACCCUGUUGGGUAAUGAAUGCUUUGCUUUGAAUAAUAAAAUCACUUCUUCUCUGAGUUACUCAGUAGAUGGAGGGCCUCCACUUACUCUUCUGUGGGCACAGAUUCAUUCAAACCUCUCCGCAGAUGGCAGCGUGUUCAGUGAGCGGGUGGCUGUUCACUGUUCCAUUUCGUGGCUUCAGGCGUGGGCUGAAAUCUGGGGAAGCACAGCUCAGAUGUUGGAGCUGGAUGUGAAUGCUUUCACUCCUCUUCAUAUCGCGCUUACCCAGCUUUUGGGUGAACUGGAAAGUGAUGUGAAAAUUUCUGAAAGCUGCCAGGGAAUAUUUCCCAUUCAUCGCCCUGCUACACUCAUAUUAAACCUGCUGAAAAACAUGACUCAAGGUGGCGGCUUCCAUGACCGGGACGAUUUUCGGGAUCUCAGGGCCCUCUGGGGAGCAGUACGUGAUGCAUUGGUUAGAGUCAAGUUGCUCCACCCGGACCAGGUGGAGAAAUCCCUUUCCACCCUGGACACCGCCCUGAGUCAGCUGCAGGCAUUUCCGCUCAACACAAGAGCAGGCAGGGAGUUUUUGUAUUCUGUGCUCAAUGUGUUCACGGGGGUAAGUAAUACCUCAGGCUAUAGAGACAGACAUACACACUUGGUCAAUCACUUCCUUUUAAAUAACCUCACGGAUUAUGAAGUAAACUCUGAAAGCAUCAUCACUGACCUAAGAGAAACAAUAUUAUUUCUUAGAAAUGUGUCACAUGACCAUACUUUAUUGUCCUGUGCUGAUAGUUUCCAAAACAUCAUUGAAUUUAUUUUGGAAGAUGGCUUAUUACAUGUAAAUACUUCACAGAGGGCGUUACGUAUUCUGGCCAUGUUAAAUUCCUUCUUUUCCUCCGAGGACAUCGUGAGUAGACUGGAAGGAUGCGUUGAGUGGGUGGACAUCUUCAAUCAUUCGUAUGUGGCCUAUAACCCUAGUUUUUCACAAGGCCCUCUUCAGGGUGUUUUGAAGCAUUUCAGUGAUGUGGAAAAUAAAAUUAAUUCUACAUUGACACUUGUUACUUGGCUGUUGAAUACAGUGGAAUCUGGUUGUUCGUUGAAUAAGUCAAAUGUAAAUUGUAUGGCUAUUUACUUAAAAAAUGUAACUGACUUCCUAAAUGUUAUACUUACAGCAGUAUUUGAAAAAGAAAAGGCACCAAAAUUGGAGAUUUUAUUAACUCUUUUAAAUAAUUCCACAAACCAAGUAAGUAUGCUUAUCAACAACUUAACAAGAGACUUUGAAUUUGCAUCUCAAUCCAACUGGAAACAUUUUACUGAAUUAAUUCUAAGACCUAUAGAAAUGUCAGAAGAAAUUCCUAGCCGAUUUCAAAAUACUUGGUUGCAUUUAGUAGAUCUGGGGAAAGAAAUUCAAGAACUUGUGAAAGAUAUUUUCCCUAACAUUCUGGAAAAUAACUUCUCUUCUAAAGCUGAAAAGUUCUUAAAUAUAUUUACUGCCAGUCCAAAGGAAAAGGAUAUACAUCGUUUAGGUAAUUCACUUUUUCAUUUAGCAAGUUACCUUGUCUUCAACUUAUCAGAUGAUCUCCAAAAUUCACCCCAAAUAAUUCCACGUGAAAUAAUGAGAGCUGUGGGUCUUGGUAUUCAACUGAUUAGGGAUGUGUUCAACUCCCUAAUGCCCCCAGUCCAUCACAAUAUUCCAGAAGAUCCAGGUAAUAAUAAAGUUUUAAAGAAGAUAGCUUCUUUCCUUCUCACCCUAAAGAAGACCGACAUAGACCUUCUGGUAGACCAACUCGAACAAGUUGGUGAAAGCCUAAUGGAUUUUAUAAAGAAUAUCAGUAGACCAGGUACUGACAGUUUGGGGGUCAAGUUGCUUGUUGGCUUGAUGGAGAAGUUUGUAGACAGCUCCCAUUCUUGGAAUGUCAAUCAUCUGCUGAGGCUGUCACGCCUGUUCCCCAGAGAGGACGUGGAUGCUGUGGUGGAUCUGUACUAUGCCCUCCCUCGCGCUGUGAGGCUCCUGCAGAGAGUGGUGGACAAGAACGUCACCAAAGCCCUCAAGGAUGUCUACGACUUCACAGCCCUUCAUGGCAUAGGCAUUUCUCAUGUCACCAAGGAAGACUUCAUGUUUGUGAUGAAAACUCUCCUGGACACCAUUGAAUUAGUAUCAGAUAAGCCAGGGGUUCUUGCCCAGGUUGUAACUUGCCUUCCUGUGGUUUGGUGCCGGAAUUACACAAUAUCUGGAUUUCAGCAGGAUCCAGAAUUAGAAGCCUGUAAUGGCCGCUUUUACAGCAAAGUGGCUAGUAUACUUGACCACCUCCACCUGUCUCCCCCGGGUGAAGUUUCACAAUGUUCAAACAAAAGCUCACGGAUGGAAAUAACUAAGAAAAUGGUCUGCGUAAUUCGUGAGCUAGUGGACUGGAGCUCCAUUCUUCUAGAGCUGUCUGAAGUCUUCCACGUGAAAACCUCGCUUGUGAAAACUGUGCAAGAAUUUAGGCGUAAGGUGUUUCCAUUUGUCCUAUCUGGAAAUCAGAGCAAGGGUAGCACCUCUGGACUCUGUCCUCCUGGCCCCUUGAAGCAAGUUGCUUUACAAAUCAUAGAAAAGUUUAGAAACGUCAGUUUUACAAAAGCUACGUCAGAUGAAAACAUUCUUGAUAACUUAGCUCUUUUAAACAGGGUCCUUAACAAUGAAGGCGCAGAGGCAUCUCUUAGGAGCCUUCCCUUAAGUUUGGGAAGGGUGAUAAAUUCACUUUCUGGGGAUGAGAGCCUAGGAAAUAGUACUCGCUCUGUAGUCUCUCUAUUCAUGAUGUUUUUGAAUUCAAACCUUCUAGGAAGGCAUUUCGAAGCACUAUCGAGUUUUAUUAAAAAGAGUAAAACAGCUUACAAGUUUGAAGAUCUGUGGCUUGAGUCUGAACAAGCCAUGAAAGAUCCAAACCUCAAUUUCAAGAGAAGAACCCUGUUCUCUAAAAUAAAUGAAGAGAUUCCAAUGAUUAACUCAGUGGCUCUUCAGAAAAUGACUGAGCAACUUAUCCACAUUUUGGAAAGCCUGAAUUCAUCAUCGUUGCCUUCAUCAGAAACGACUGGAGGUUUUCCAUCCGUCACAAAAAACUGGCUUCAUAAACAUGCAAGUGAAGAACACUCCAGAAUAAUACAAAUAUUAUUCCUCCUUCUGGUCAGUGAGAGUUCAACAUUGAUUAAAGAUAUUAAUACCUUUUCGGAUUAUCUCAAAAACAUUUCCAGAGGAGGUGAUUCUCACGUUGACCUUCUUGCUCAACUGGUCAACCAAGAACAGUCAACCAAUUUCUCAGUUGCUAGGUUGCUUUUGAAAAGCUUCCUAAUGAAUUCAGUCAAUAACUUAGCUGCGGGCUCUCGACAAGCAGCCUGGAACUUAAGUGACACUGACCUUCAGAUCCUGAAUCUCAUUAACCUCACCUUGAACCAGACACCGUUAGAAAAGGGUGAGAGGGUACUUCUCCCUCCAGGAGGCAUGGUGGAGUCCAUGGGACAGCUUUUGAAAACAUUCUUCACCUUUUUAGAAAAGGAAAAUUCUGAGAAUAAAACAUCUCUUUUGCCGAAAGACCUCCACGACAUCGUUGCAGAGAUGAGCUUUGUCCCAAAGGAUAAAGUUUUAGAAAUUCUGAAAGUGGACCAAUUUCUUACCUACAUGAAAGAAGAAAAAUUGAUGAGCAUUUUUUCAAGGUUAAAGGAGACUGUAUAUCACCUAAUCAAAGGAUGGUUCAUGUCAGACCACACAGACUUUUAUUUUGAUAAUCACCGAGGAUGGAAGUUCCUGCGAGAUUUAUUUAAUGCUCUUCUAAGUAAAACUUCUGUGAAAAAUAAGACUGAAAAUAAUUUGGAGUUUCUUACCCAGGUAAGUCAGUUGUUUUUCCACAUGAAUAGUUCUGCAAACCUCUCCCAGCGCAGCCACCAGCUCCAGGCAGCUCUUCACCGCAUGCGAGAAGCCUCACUAGAGAUAGCAACUGUUACGGAUUCUCUUUUAAACUCUCCCAACCAGGACCUCCGUGCCGCGUGUCCUUCCCUCCGAGAGGUUCUAUUUGCUCACCUGACUGAUCUGCUUUCCUUCACAAACCACUCAUUCCCUCGAAGAAACAGAGCAACAUUAGAAACUACUAAGAGCUUUCUUGGUGUUACCUCAAGAGCUGGUGGAGGACGUCCCGCCCCGGAACCCCUCCCGGAAAUGCCUGGUGCUCUAGGCGUGCUGGUGAGCGCAGGUGUGGAAAUGAGGGACCUGGCCGCGUCUGUGAACUCCACUGUGGCGCUGCUCCAGCUCGCCAAGAAAGUUUCCCGGAAGGUGGCCGCUGCGUUGGAAACUCAUCCUGUCUCGGGUACCAACGACACCAUGAAAUUCUUUGAUUCUCUAUAUUCCAUUUUGCAACAGAAUGUUGGAAAUGUUGUGAAUGAAAUAACUGCUUUGAAAAAAGUGGAUCAGUUAGUAUUUGAAAAUAUAAAUGACGUGUUGAUGCCAUUUCUGGACUUGGCCUUUGGGAUGAUUGGGAUCAAACCUAAUAUUUCCCAAAACUCUGGUAUUUUCAAUAUAUCAUCUAGCAUAUUAUCCUAUGUGAACCAGUCCAGGGACUUUUCUGAUAUUUCAGAAGAAAUUGCAGAAUUUUUAACUUCUGGGGAAAUCAAUUUGGGAGACAUGGAACAUCUUCUGGUAGCAAUUAACAAUGGAACUCAAAUAUUUUCUAUCGAUUCUGUCAACGUAUGGGAAGAAAUCCUAGAUUGCUUAAUUUCUAUAAAUCACAUCCCCAACCAGACAGACUUACUACGUCCGAAUCCCGUUUCCACACGUGGUUUCCCUUGGGAUGCUAAUGCAGUGGCCCUGGUUUUGGAUGAAAUGCGGUCACGAGACAGCACGGACCUGGGGCCCCUCUUGGGAAUGGUGGCUGACCUGGCCGUCGCUCUGUGGGGUCCCUUAGAGAAGGAUGCCUUGAAUGUUUCUCAGCUGUGGCUGACGUGGGCUCAGCAUGCACACGCCCUUUUGAAAGCCGUGGGGACAGCUGUGGAGGUCGCCCAUGGAGGCGCCGGGAGUGGAGCCUGGGCUCUCACCUCCUCUCUGAUUCGGGCAGUGACGCCUCGGCACCUGGAGGAAGCCGCCCGGAGCGUGCUGAGCGGGGCAGCGCUCCUGCGGAAAGAGCUUCUCUUGAGCAACCCUCAGUGGACAAGUUCUGCAGAAACUGCGCUUCAGCCCGUCCUUGAGCUUUUCCUUAAUGCAGCCUCUGGAAAGAGUGUCACAUCAGAGAAAGGGGAGAAGGCCCGGAGAGAGAGGACCGCCUCUCCUGACCUCACACCGGCACCGGCACCGGCACCGUGUGAGAACUGCGUGAAGGGGUUAAUUGCGUGGACGGAGUCCUGGCAGGAAGUCCUGGCAGAUGAAAGUGUUGCCAGAAUGUGCCAGGAUUCCCAGCCGCCCGGGAAGCCCGCAGCAGCCGUGGGGACCCUGCACAGAGCGAGGACGCUGGUUCUGCGUGUGCUGCUCAUGCUCACAGAAAACCCAUCCUUGGCCAGGGAUGCCCUGUGUGCUGCUCGGAGCUGCCAGCCAGGUGGGAUGCGGUGGCUCAUUGUGUCUGCUCUGCAGGGGGUCCCUGUGCUGCGUGACCUCUACCAGGACCUGGAGAAGGUGUGGUCCGCGCCCGGUCAGCUGGACUGUGAGGGUCUCCGCAGAAACCUCUCCCGCUCCCUGCGGCGCUUCAGGAGGCGCCUGGAGAGCUCCGCCGCCCGGGGCUGUGCGUGCCCGCCCGCGUGGGACUGGACCCCGCGGCGCCUGCACACGUUGGCCCAGAGGCUCGAAAAGAUUUUGUUUCCUGGGAAUUUGAUGAUGACUUCUCCUAGCAGUUUCACAGGAGCUGUGGAUGGGAGAGUGAGAGACCUGGUGAGGAACCUCACCGCCUUCACCGAGGAGCUUCGCUCUGCCCACCUCUCAGAUGACACCAUCAGCAGUAUUUUGGAAGCAGAUAUUUCCCGCUCACAGGUCCUGUCUGGCGCCCUGACGGUGGCUCUGUCCGGGAGAUGUGACCAGGAUGUGCUGCGGCUCCUGCUGGCCUUUCCUGAGGACGGGAAGGCUGGCUUUGCCACUAAGGAGCUGUGUGGCCUGCCCGGGGCCAGAGUGUACUCUCUGCUUGUGUCUGUGAUCCGCAACCUGGACCUGCGCAACUUCAUUUACAAGACUCUGAUGCCGGCGGAAGCCAAGAGCAUGCUCAGCUCCCUCUUGGACGUCGUCUCCAGGCUCAGCCACCUGCUCCCCAGAGCCAGCCGCGUCCUGGAACACCUCCCCCAGUUCCUUCACACGUCGAACAUCACAGCCUUGCUGGACGUGCCCGGCUUUCAGCAGGCUUCCCCCCUGGACCCGGCCCGUUCAGCCUUCAGUUCUUUCCAGGCCGUGAUGACGAUGGUUUGCCAGGAGCAAGAGUCUUUUCUCAGCCACUCGAACAUGUUCUUUAACUUGCCCAGAGUUCACGAGCUCUUGGCAAGUGACAAAGAAAAAUUCAACAUUCCUGAAGACUCAACACCAUUUUGCUUGAAGCUUUAUCAGGAAAUACUACAGUCUCCAAAUGGCGCUUUGGUGUGGUCCUUCCUAAAACCUGUAUUACAUGGAAAAAUACUGUACACACCCAACACCCCGGAGAUUAGAAAGGUCAUCCGAAAGGCUAAUCACACGUUUGUGUUUGUGGACAAGCUGAGGACUUUAUCACAGACACUGCUGAGCAUGGCCCGCCGCUUCCAGAGCAGUGGGCAUGGCCAGAUGCUGGGGCAGCUGCAGGAAGUCCUGAAGAACAGAUUCAUAAGAAACUUUGUGGAAAGCCAGUUACACAUCAACGUAGACAAACUGACUGAGAAGCUGCAGGCGUAUGGGGGCCUGGACUGGAUGCUGAGCCGCACGGGCGCCGCCCACCUCCUCUCCUUGGGCCACGCGCUGGUCAACCUGUCGUCCUGUGUGCGGCUGGACCGCUUCCGGGGGCUGCAGUCAGGGGCCGCCCUGGAGGCCGCCGCCCACAGCCUCAUGCAGCAGAACAGCUUCUUGGCCAGUGUCAUCUUCAACAGCUCCUCCGUGCGCAGGCGCUCCGGUGCAGACGCGCCCCCGCUGCCGCCCCGCGUGGCCUACACCAUCCGGACCAGCCUGCUGUACAGCAUGCGGACCGACCAGGCGGAGAACCCGUUCUGGAAGUUCCACCCCCAGAGCCUGCCGGCCGACGGCUUCAAGUACAACUACGUCUUCGCCCCGCUGCAAGACAUGCUGGAGCAGGCCCUCGUCCGCGUGCAGACCGGGCGGGAGGCCGUGGGGCCCGCCGCACAGGCGCAGCCCAUCCCGUACCCCUGCCACAGCAGCGACCUAUUCUUGAACAACGUGGGUUUCUUCCUGCCCCUGAUCAUGAUGCUGACGUGGAUCGUGUCUGUGGCCAGCAUGGUCCGAAGGCUGGUGUACGAGCGGGAGAUCCAGAUGGAAGAGCACCUGCGGAUGAUGGGGGUGCACCCGGCCACCAGCUUCCUGGCCUGGUUCCUGGAGAACGCGGCGGUGAUGGCCGUGGGCAGCGCUGCCCUGGCCGUCGUCCUGAAAGCCAGCGGCAUCUUCGCGCACAGCAACGCCUUCAUCGUGUUCCUCUUCCUGCUGGACUUCGGGGUGUCAGUGGUCAUGCUGAGCUACCUGCUGGGCGCAUGCUUCCGGCGGGCGCCCACGGCCGCGCUCUGCUGCAGCCUGCUGUACACGGCCAGCUUCCUGCCCUACGUCGUGCUGCUGGUGCUGCGCAGCCGGCUCAGUGCGGCCGCCCAGACGCUGCUGUGCCUCCUCUCCACGACCGCCUUUGGACAAGGAGUGUUUUUCGUCACGUUCCUGGAAGGGCAGGAGGCAGGGGUCCAGUGGGGCAACCUGGACCAGCCUCCGGAGCAGGCGGGCAUGGCGCUUGGCUGGGUCUGCGGGAUGAUUCUGGUCGACUCGGGCCUUUACUUUCUGAGUGGCUGGUACCUGAGCAGCUUGGUUCCUGGCUCCGGGGGUGUCCAGAAGCCGUGGUAUUUCCCCUUCAUGGCAUCCUCCUGGAAGGGCGCGUGUGGCCUGGCCACCCGGAGGCCGUGUGCUCGGGCUUCCAGGCUGUUCUCCCUCCGUGAGGACGUCGGACACACAGGGUCGUGGCCUCAGCAGGGGAAAGGGGAGCGGAAAGGAGUCCCCCCGGGCGUCACCCUGGUGUCUGUGACCAAGGAGUACCAGCCCCGCCAGGCGGCCGUGCGGGACCUGACCCUCACCUUCCACAGAGGCCAGAUCACCGCCCUGCUCGGGGCCAACGGCGCCGGGAAGACCACCGUCAUGUCGCUGGUGACAGGGCUGCACGCGCCCACCUCUGGAGCCGUCUUCGUGGGCGGCAGGAACCUACAGACAGACCUGGCCGCAGUCAGGAGGGAGCUGGGGGUGUGUCCUCAGCGGGACGUCCUGCUGGACAGGCUCACUGUCCUGGAGCACCUGCUGCUCUUCGCAGCCAUCAGGUCGCCGCAGCGGACGCGGGCGGAGCGUCGGCAGCAGGUGGACAAGACUCUCCGGGCCGUGGGGCUGACGCAGCACCAGCACCAGCAGGCCCGUGCCCUGUCCGGAGGCCUGCGGCGGAGGCUGUCCAUCGGCGCCGCUUUCCUCGGCACGUCGCGGACCGUGGUGCUGGACGAGCCCACGAGUGGGGUGGACCCCUGCUCCCGGCGCGGCAUCUGGGACAUCCUCCUCCGGCACCGAGAAGGUCGGACGAUCAUCCUCACCACCCACCACCUGGACGAGGCGGAGGUGCUGAGUGACCGCGUGGCCGUCCUGCAGCAGGGCCGGCUCCGCUGCUGCGGCCCCCCCCUCGGCCUGACCGAGGCCUACGGCCAGGGCCUCUGCCUGACACUCACGAAGCAGCCUUCCGCUUUGGAGCUGGACAGCCUGCAGGACGCGGCGCGCACCACGGCCCUGAUACAGACCUACGUUCCACAAGCGUUUCUCAGGGACCGCAGCGGGCGCACGCUGAGCUACGCCCUCCCCAAGGACGCCGACCGAGCCGGCUUCAAGGGGCUCUUCCAGGCGCUGGAGCAGAACCAGCACCGCCUGCGCCUGGCGGGCUGCGGGGUCGCAGACACCACCCUGGAGGAGGUGUUUCUGAUGCUUCUGCAAGAUCCCAGCGAGCAGCCUGACCUGGCCCCAGGGACAGCGUUGGAGGCGCAGAGCCCGAGGCCUCCAGCGCCCACUCCCAGCUCCCACUGUGAAAGCCUCCCCUCUCCCGCACGAGGUCUGAGACUCACCCUCACGCAGGUGGCUGCCCUGCUGACCCAGCGGCUGUGCCGCACGCGCCGGGCCUGGCGGGGUGCGCUCUGUGACCUGCUGCUGCCCGUCCUCUUCAUGGCCUUGGCGAUGGGCCUGUUCAUGGUGAAGCCUCUGGCCACCGACUACCCUGCCCUCCAGCUCACGCCUGGCCGCGACGGGAAAGCCGAGACUUCCUUCUUCAGCAGUGACAGCGAUGGCAUGGACCUGGCCCGCGUGCUUCUGCGCGAGUUCGGAGACGGGGAGCAGCUCUGUGCCAGCCUCGCCCCAGGCCUGACGAACGCCUCCUGUUGGCACCCGGAGCCCGCGUCUCACCCAGAAGCCCCGGGUUCCUGUGGCUGCCUGAGCUGCCACAAUGCCAGUGCCCGGGCCCCCGCCCUGACCGACCUCCGAGGCCACACGCUGCUGAACCUGUCGGCCCUCCGCCCGGAGGAGUACCUGCUGGCGCCCGGGGAGAGCCCCAGGCUCGGGGGCUGGUCUUUCGGAGGGCGAGGCCCGGAUCCUGCUCAAGAUGCGAACUCAAACCUGUCAAAACCAGAAAACCUGGCAAAGGUGUGGUACAACCAGAAGGCCUUCCACGCCCUCCCUUCCUACCUGAACCACCUGAGCAACCUCCUCCUGUGGAGGCUGCUGCCGCCGGCCGCGGACUGGAGACAGUACGGAAUAACGCUCUACAGCCGCCCGUACGGAGGGGCCCUGCUGAACGAGGACAAGAUCCUGGAGAGCAUCCGGCAGUGUGGUGUGGCCCUCUGCAUCGUGCUGGGCGUCUCCGUCCUGGCCGCCUCCAUCGGCAGCUCCGUGGUCAGGGACAGGGUGACCGGAGCCAAGAGGCUGCAGCACCUGAGUGGCCUGGGCUACGGGGCCUACUGGUUCGCUAACUUCCUGUACGACAUGCUCUUCUACUUGGUCUCCGUCGGCCUGUGUGUCGCCGUGGUCGCGGCCUUCGGGUUACCAGCCUUCACCUUCCGCGAGAACCUGGCGGCCACAGCCCUCCUGCUGGUGCUGUUCGGGUACGCGACCCUCCCGUGGAUGUACCUGACGUCCGGGCUCUUCCCCAGCGCGGACGUCGCCUUCAUCGCCUACGUCUCGCUGAACUUCGUCCUGGGCCUCUGCACGCUGCUCAUGACCACCAUGCCCCGGCUGCUGGCCAUCGUCACCAGGGCUCAGAGUCUGCAGACCAUCUACGAGGUCCUCAAGUGGGUGUUCAUCCUGUUCCCCCAAUUCUGCCUGGGCCAAGGCCUGAUCGACCUCUGCUACAACCAGAUCCAGUUCGACCUGAGCCACAGCCUGGGCGUCGACACCUACGCCAGCCCCUUGCGGAUGAGCUUCCUGGGCUGGGCCUUCGUGCUGCUGGCCUCGCAGGGCACGGUGCUGCUGCUCCUGCGGCUGCUCCUGCACGGGGACGCGGUGCGGAGGGCCAGGAGGCGCUCGGCCGUCCAGGGCACAGUCACAGCCUGUGCGGACGCAGAUGUGGAGGCGGAGCAGGUGCGGGUGCUGAAGGGAAGAACCAACGGGGACUUGCUGGUGCUCUGCAACCUCAGCAAGAGCUACGGGCGUUCCCGGCGGCCGGCCGUGCAGGACGUGACCCUGGGCCUGCGGAGCGGGGAGUGCUUCGGGCUCCUGGGCCUGAACGGGGCCGGGAAGAGCACCACGUUCAAGAUGCUGAGCGGGGACGAGGCCCCGAGCGCAGGGCACGCCGUGGUCAGGACGCCCGCGGGGGAGGACGUGCCUCUGUUCUCGGCAGGGGCGGCCGGUGUGCGCGUGGGCUACUGUCCGCAGCAGGACGCGCUGGACGAGCCGCUGACGGGCUGGGAGCACCUGCGCUACUACUGCCGCCUGCGCGGGAUCCCAGGGCCGCACAUCCCCAAGGUGGCCGGGGACCUGGUGAGGCGCUUACACCUGGAGGCCCACGUGGACAAGCCGGUGGCCACCUACAGCGGGGGCACCCGGCGGAAGCUGUCCGCAGCCCUGGCCCUGCUGGGGAAGCCCCACCUUCUCCUGCUGGAUGAGCCCAGCUCAGGGAUGGACCCCUGCUCGAAGCGGUUCCUGUGGAAAACGAUCACCAAGGAAGUUCAGGAGGGCUGCGCUGUGGUGCUGACCUCGCACAGCAUGGAGGAGUGCGAGGCCCUGUGCACGAGGCUCGCCAUCAUGGUGGACGGCAGUUUCAGGUGCCUGGGCACCCCCCAGCACCUCAAGGACAGGUUCGGGGCCGGCUACACCAUCCGCGUGUGGGUCUGCGCGGGAGGAAGUCAGCACGCGCUCUCCGACCGCCUGCAGCUGCGCUUCCCGGGAGCCCGGCUGAAGGGGCAGCGCCUGAAUGUGCUGGAGUAUCACGUGCCCGCGGGGUGGGCCUGCCUGGCCGACCUGUUCCAGCUGCUGGAGGACAGCAAGGCCGCCGGGAGCAUCCGCCACUACGCCCUGGCCCAGGCCACGCUGGAGCAGGUGUUUGUUGAUUUUGCUGAGCAGCAGUCGGCUCCUCCAGCGCCCUCUGACCCGCCUGCCCAGGGCUGCCAGCCCCAGCCCCUGCCUGUCUGAGCCGGGACGCCGCUUUAGAGGAAGGAGUCUGCCCCUGCCCC